AUGAAUCUAACAUACAAAGAUAUUUGUGCUGUAGGCACAGCAAUGAUCAUUGGAUCCACUGGUUUCCUUAUGGGUAUCUUUUCCGCCAGUCAACCAUACGACUACAACGUGCUAUUUAACCCGGCUGCUACGCAAGAACACUUCGAUAUUGCUCUAAAACAUUACCAGACGCUGUUCUACACCCCAAAGCCACCUCUCUAUCUGCUUGCGUUUGUCGCUUUGAUCGGGGUUAUUGGUUCAUUGAUCAAAGUCUACAAGCCAAACCCUGAGUUACAGUAUUUUGAAUAUGGUUCCUUAGUGUUAUAUAUUUUGGGUAUCUGUGUGUUUUUGACCAAUAUUAGAACCGGUGUCGAGUCCGCAGUGACCCAUAAAUGGGGUGAAGUCACUGAGAUGCAAGGAAUUGCUGUUAUUGCAUCUUCUAACAUUAUCAUAUUGAUUAUCUUCUCCGGUGUCAUUGUCUUACAAGCUGGUUUGUGGUACAGCACCUGGGAAUAUGAACAAAGAUUGGCCAAAUGGAGAGAAGAAGAAGCUGCUGCUGCUUCUGCGUCUGCCACCCCUACAUCCACUGGUAAAAAAUCAGAAGGUGGUGCUAAAGAAUCCAAGAAGAAGAAAUAG